CCACCCCCCCUCCUUUGCCAGGCAUCAUGAAUUGCCCAUUCGUUGCCAUUCCCCUCCCCAACACGCUCCCGCCGUGGAUAGACUCCCUGAGCGCUAAAUGGCCGUCAAAAUCACCAUACGCGACCUAGAGCAAGAGAUCAUCGAUCUCGAAUCCCGUCUACAGCAUGCCAGGAAACGUCUAGCUUUGGCCUCGGCCUCCCCAUCCACGCCGCUACCGCUGCACAGCGACAUGGACCAGGAUCUGACCCCCGCAAAAGCACUUUCGAGCUCUGCCGCGCACGCGCUCCUCCUCCUCUCCGAUUCCGCCCUUCCGCUCGGCUCCUUCGCCUACUCCAGCGGCUUGGAGUCGUACCUGGCCCACAAUAAACCCCUGCCCCGCACCGUCACCCCCGUGGCAUCUUUCCACCGCUUCUUGAAACUCUCCAUCGCCUCCAUGGCCAGCACCUCCAUCCCCUACGUGCUCGCCGCAUACCGAUCCCCGGGGGACCUGGAAACUCUUGACAACGACAUGGACGCCUCAACGCCAUGUAUCGUCGCGCAGAGAGCAAGUCUCGCUCAGGGACGGGCGUUGAUCGGGGUCUGGGAGCGCGCGUUCCGGGUCACUUAUGCCGCCGGGACGGCCCUGACACCCCCCGCGUCAGCCGCGGUGAUGGCCAUUGCAGAGUUCUCGCACGCGUUGAAGUCAUGCGCGGACACGGAGGACGAGCUGGGCCCCAAAGGUCAUUUGGCGCCGCUGUGGGGAGUGGUGUGCUUAGCCAUGGGCAUGGACGCCCGCCAGACGGCGUAUGUGUUCAUGGUGAACCACGCGAAGGCGGUGCUAAGCGCCGCGGUGCGGGCAUCGGUGAUGGGGCCGUAUCAGGCUCAGAGCGUACUGGCCAGUCAGCGCCUCCAAGACAUGAUUACCGAACGGAUUGAGCGGGAGUGGGACACCCCCGUCGAGGACGCAGGACAGAUUGUACCACCGCUAGAUCUGUGGGUUGGGAGGCACGAGCUGCUCUACAGCCGUAUCUUCAAUUCGUGAUCUAAGCCCGGAUUAGACAUCUUUGCUUUUUUGUUCCUGGUGUCAUUUGCGUAAGAGGGAGGAGUAGGUUUUGUAUACCAUAGCAAUUCAGCGCAAGAGUUUUUGGUACUGGC